AUGAUGGCAGAAAGAGAAACAUUUUACGACGUCGGUUUAGACAGUGCUGGGUUAAAAAAUAUCAGAAAAUAUACUUCGUAUUUCUGUCCCGAUUGCUGCAACGAACAGAAAAGAUUACAGAAACUGAUAAAGCCUGUCACCCUUGUUGAUUGCGCACUCAAAGAGAGGCCAGUCGUACACAAGAUGUCAACAGACCACAAUCUGCAAAUGAGGAGCCGUCAACAGCAGAUGAGCCUAUAG